GCCUUGCCUUGCUAGAGUCUGCCUGUCUCGUCUGGCAUCGUAGUCUACGACAGACGCACAUAGCUUGGAAGAAGCAACAAGCCAACUGAGGGAUUUGAAAUCUGGGAAUCGUCUGUGUGAACAUCUACCGGUGAUGGACUGGGAGUGGGGCUAAUCCCCACAGCCCGGCUGCUCCGCUUGUGGGAUGAUUGAGUCUCGACGUCUGUGUAAGCGAGUGACAGAGAGCCCAGAGAAGAGGAGGAGGAGGAGAGCGAGGAGGAAAGCGACAGACAGGGCAGAGAGAGAAGGAGGAGGAAGAGGAUGGGAAGAAGACCUUGGGGCUGGUGCCUGGGGUUGUCAACGGCACUGCUGUACGGCUCGCUGUCCCUCUUCGUCUCUAUCCUACACAACGUCUUCCUCCUCUACUAUGUGGAGACGUUUGUGUCCGUCUACAAGAUCGAUAAGCUGUCCUUUUGGGUGGGAGAGACAGUGUUUCUGAUAUGGAACAGCCUGAAUGACCCUCUCUUCGGAUGGCUGAGUGAUCGCUCGUUCCUUGGGUCCACACAGGCUGGUCCUCAGAUCUCCGGGCCGGAGGUGGUGCUGCAGCGCUUGCGGGCGCUCUCCCGCAGCGGGCCGCUCUUCGCCCUCUCCUUCCUGGCCUUCUGGGUGGCGUGGGCGCGGCCCUCGCUCCAGUUCCUGCUGUGCCUGUGCCUGUACGACGGCUUCCUGACGGUGGUGGACCUCAACCACAACGCGCUGCUGGCCGACCUGGCCGUGUCGGCGCAGGCGCGCGCGCUCCUCAACUUCCACAGCUCGCUGUUCAGCGCCCUGGGCUCGCUGUCCGUCUUCCUGUCCUACUGCUUCUGGGACAAGGAGGACUUCGGGGCCUUCCGGCUCUUCUGCAUGAGCCUGGCCGCCGUGUCCGUGUUGGGCUUCGCCACCGUCUCGCGCCUGCUGAAGGUCCGCUUCCAGGCGGAGGUCGGGCUGCGGAAGGGCCAGGAUGAGGGACAGAUGCUCAAAGAGCUGGUGAUUGGCCAGGCCCCCACGGCUCCCCAGGGGAGGCCAGUGACUCUGGGGGAGUACCUGAGGCAGCUCUCCAGGCACAGGAACUUCAUGUGGUUCACCGCCAUGAACCUUGUCCAGGUAUUUCACUGCCACUUUAACAGCAACUUCUUUCCCCUCUUUCUGGAGCACCUGUUGUCGGACCGGAUCUCUGCCUCCACUGGCUCCUUCUUACUGGGUGUGUCCUACAUCGCCCCCCACCUGAACAACCUCUACUUCCUGACCCUGUGCCAGCGGUUUGGGGUGUAUCAGGUGAUCCGCUGGCUCUUCAUGCUUAAGCUGGGCCUCAGUGUGGCCAUGCUGCUGGCUGGGGCGGACCACAUCUACCUGCUGUGCAUCUUCAUCGCCAGUAAUCGAGUGUUCACUGAGGGAACCUGCAAACUGCUCAACCUGGUCAUCAGCGACCUGGUGGACGAAGACUACGUGCUGAACCGGCGUCAGCAGGCGGCGUCCGCCCUGCUCUUCGGCAUGGUCGCCCUGGUGACCAAGCCCGGACAGACAUUUGCACCUCUAAUUGGCACGUGGCUACUGUGUGUCUACACAGGCUAUGACAUCUUUGAGCGGGACCCUCUGAGUGAUGCGGUGGCGGUCACGGUUGUCUCGGGUCCGACGACGGCCUCCAUGCCCCUGCGGCAGGGUUGCUUCUACUUGCUGGUGUUCGUGCCCAUCACCUGUGCCCUGUUGCAGCUGCUAGCCUGGUCCCGCUUCACUCUACACGGGCGGCGCCUGCAGGGCAUUAAGGCCCAGAGGCAGGGCGUCCAGCAGGGGCCCCCUCUGGAUGUCAAGGCCAUCUGAUGGGAGUGGGAAUCCAAGGGACAAGAAUAUGGUCAACCAAGCUGACUGAAGAACAUGUGAAAAGCAGAUAGAUUCAUGUGCGAGCACACACACACACAGACACACACUCACACACUCUCACACACACACACACACACACACACACACACACACACACACACACACACACACUCACACUCAUACAAAGACUUAGUGGCACGGAUAUGUGCCAAGCACAUUUUCAUUCUUGCUGCCAAAAAGACAUUUUCACCUUCUGCCUGACUAGGAGACUUUAGAGCCUUGAGAACACCCUGUGGGAAGGACGAAGUUCUUGCCAAUCUGGGGCUCACUCCUUGGAGUGCCUUGCCUUUUAUGUUUGUGCUACAAAGAAACAAACCUGUGUCGUCAUUGUUGUUAUAUUUAUAAAGUGAAAUUGUGACCAAAUACAUUGAGGGAGGGAAAACAAAUCAUGUGAGGGGACCACGAUAGCCAAUGGACACAAAGCACCCUCAGCUUUGUACUACAGAGGUGACUUGGGUUCUGCCCACCUUUGCCCAAGGAAAAUGGAAUGCUUGAAUCCCUUUGGUGGAGUGUUGCUCGCUGCAGCCAAGCGUGUUUUAUCUGCCAAAAAAUGCAAACAAGUGUCUAUGUUUGUAUUUUAUCCUCUGAAGGAAACACUGUCUGUAUUCUUCUGUAUUCCUCUUAUUGAUGUUCUGUGAAGAAAGGAAAAAAAGAAAGCAUUCCAGGUUUUACCCAAAUUCAGUUGCAUGACUCAAUGUAGCAAAUAGCAUAGUGGUAUUUUUACAUGCAUGGUAUGAUGUUGAAUGAGCUUGUCAAACAUCCCAGUCUGCCUGCCUGAAUUUGGAUUUUAUACAGUAUGUGGUCAAGAGCUCUGCUAACUCAGAUGUCUUGUUAUUUUUCUAUUGAUUUGAGCAGCACGACGUUGUUAAAGUUCAAACUGAAAAUCGGACAUUCCAGUAAAAGUACAAUGCGCGUUUCCAACUUCUUUCCCAUAAAAAAAGAAACAAAAAACAUUUUGUAUAUAUUGUGUGUAGACUUGGUUACACAUAUAUUUUUAUAUCAAUUCAAUCCAGUGUUUUCAAUUUGUACACAUGAAGGGAGAAUCUCCCAGUUAAAAAUUUUUUUUUUUUUUUUUUUUUUUAGAGCAUGUGCAAUUUAUGGUCAAGGGUGCGUGUGAGGAGAAGCUGCUGUCUGUACCCAUUUCGAUUCAAUGGAAAUUCAGUUUGUUGUUGUGAUUUAUUUGAUCUGGUACAGUAUGAAAUUGGUGAAGAUCAUUCUUCCUCCUAAUUUAUUCCAUUGUAAUUUAUAUUAGUUGAUAAAGGUAAGCUACGGGAGAACUCAUAUUUGGAAGCGACUCAGGAAAUUCAGAUUACUCAACACAGUUGGGUCUCAGUGUCAGGAGACUGCCUUAUUUUGAAGUAGUCUAUGAUCAAUCACUGUUGUGGCAUUGAUAAGUUGAUUUGUUGUUUUUUCCCUCAUAACUCUUAACUGGUGCCAUCUGGCAUUGUCAAACCACGUCUUCACCAAAUAAAGAAAAUUACAUCAUGAGA